CUCAUUGUCUCGAUCUCUUACAUUACACUAAACGGCAAAAAAAUAUUUGAUCCGUUUAUUAAUAAGGUGCUUAAUGGUCACCGUUACGAUUGUUUACUUUCUCUAAAGUUCCCAUGUUGUGUUUAUCACAAUAUCAGAUUUAACUUUAACCUUAUUAGUUAUUACAAUGAGUUACUUCUCUAAAAAAAAAGGAGUUACUGUUCUUUCUCUAUUUUAUGUUCUUUUUGCUGAUUUUGAGUAUCUACUGUUGUUGUGUAUGUAACUUCAUUUUCUCCAUUAUCACAUUUCAGAUUAAGCACAAAGUUGAAGCUGAAUCUUAGUUGUAACAAUGCCUGGUUUUGAUAAUAACUUUGCCGUGAUGGGAGAGUGGUUAGACCCUAGUCCUAACCACAAGAAGAGAUCCAAAGCGGAACUUGAAAGAGAGGUCUAUUUAGAAGACAUUAAGAAUAAGGGCUUUCUGCAUGCAAGCUUUCAAGAGAAACCGUGCUACUCAAGCAAUGGUCUUAGUGAGAGGAUUGCUGCGAGAACCGGGUUUAAAGUACAAAGGUUAAAGACUGAGAGUAUUUUUCCAUCUCGUUGUUUAGCCAUCUCUUCUCCUGCUGUUAGCCCAGCAACUCUACUAGAGUCUCCUGUUUUCCUCUCAACCCCUUUGACAUCUCCAACAACAGGAAAGCUCUCAUCACUACCUUCAGAUAAAGCUAAAGAUGAGUUCAAUGACGAAAUUGCCACAUCCUUAGCCUUGAGCCUCGAUCCGACUACAAACAUCGGUUCAGAACCCGAUGAUUCACAAGCCUAUGAGCAAGCACAUGACAGCGAUUUAGGAGACUCGAUGCCUAGUGGUUCACCUGAGGAUGAUGGAUACAACUGGAGGAAAUACGGACAGAAGCUAGUUAAAGGAAGCGAGUAUCCACGUAGCUAUUACAAGUGUACACACCCCAACUGUGAGGUCAAGAAGAAGGUUGAACGGUCCCGGGAAGGUCAUAUUACUGAGAUCAUAUACGUGAAAGCUCAUAAUCACCUUAAACCUCCAACUAAAAGCCGUUCAGUCACUGGACUAUCGGGAACAAGCAAUGACAUGCAAAUAGAUGGAACUGGAACCAAUGAGAACUUACAAUGGACAUCACCUGUUUCUGAAGAGGUCGGAUACGGAAGCCAUUCUGGAUCAAUGCAGGUUCAAAGCGGGGCUCAGUUCGGGUAUGGUGGUGUAGCAACCGAUGCCUUCUCUAAAGAUGAAGAAGAUCGCACGUCCUACAUGAGUGUCUCUCUGGGUUACCACGGACAAAUAGAUGAAUCCGAGCCAAAGAGGAGAAAACUGGAAACGAGUGGAUCAACCCGAGGAACCCGUGAGCCAAAAGUCGUGGUGAAGACCACAAGUGACAUUGACAUCCUCGAAGAUGGCUAUCGCUGGCGCAAGUAUGGGCAAAAAGUCGUCAAAGGAAACCCGAAUCCAAGAAGCUACUAUAAAUGCACAGCUAAUGGAUGUAACGUAACUAAGCAUGUGGAGAGAGCUUCUGAUGACCUCACGUCCGUACUAACCACUUACAUAGGCAAACACAAUCAUGCAGUACCAGCAGCACGUAACAGCAACCGACAUGUGAACUAUCCAAUGCCACACAGUAGUUCUGAGGAACUGGUCACAGCCAACUCAUCACUACAUGACUUCCAGCCAUACCUGAGGUCUCCUUCAGGUUUCUCGGUUUACUAUGUAGGCGAAACAGAGCUUACAGAUAUUUCAAUGUCUGGUUUACCUAUUGAGCAAGAGAGGUUUCUCGGCCUGGAAGCGCUUGCCAUUGGUGAUCCAGAUGGGCUGAUGUUGCAGUUAGCAGCAGAGCCGAAGGUGGAACAAGUGUCACAACAGGAACUAGGAUUGUCAAGGAGCUCAUUGAUAGAUAUAAUGAGUAGAUUACCACAAAUAUGAAACGAAUCUCAUUAUUCACCGAUUGUUAGUCUUUUGAAUAAACGGCUCUUAAAAUCGAGGGAAUGUAAGAGAUUUAGGAACCAAAAAAUUAGUAAUCCAACGUUAACUUUUGUCCAAACAAAGCUUUUAGUAAAAAGGUCACU